AACCCUUAUUGAAAAAUGUUCCUGACUGCCCAACAGACUGAGCCUGUAUAUUGCACAGGAAAAGCAUCAGGCAGGCGUUUCAACAGUGGCUUUGGAUGAUGUUUUUUUUGUGUAUUUUAGCAACCUCUGUGUAUUUCCAUCUCUUGGACAAUUGACAAAUGUCAGUAAAGGCUCCCCUCUCUGUUUACUGUGCUGGCUGGUCAGAGUAUUGUCACAGCAGGGGCAAUAUUUAUCUUUCUAAUCUGCCAUGUUGUGUGGUGGGAAUGUUAUUGUGUAAAUCCAAAUUACACUGAAAACAGAAUUGUCUUCAUGACCAAACUCGAGCAGUGGAAAGGAGAAGUGCUUGCUCUUGCAGAGGUAUUAUUAUUUUCCCACAGCUAUGAUGACAUUUUAGGCAGGCAGCCAGUGCCAGUGAGUUCAUUCACAACGCAAACAUUGAGCUGGACAGUGGCUAGACGCAGCAGGUCGCCUCUCGGGUCAAUUUACUCAUUAAGAUAUGGAUACACUGAACAAGUUCACAGCUCCUGCAAGUGCAACACUUCGCCAGCUUCAGAAGAUGGUCCAGGAUAUGAAGAAGACUGAUGGCAGCAUCCUAAACAGGCUGAGAAGAUUUCAAAACAAGUCAUCUCCAAAACUACCCGUAAAAGACUAUCACGGUAAUGACGUGGAGGAAGAACAGUGGUCUGAAAAAGAGUUUGACAGUGACACUUAUGAGUUCCCUCAAGAGGAGAAGGAUGACAGCUAUGAGCCUCCUCCCUGUCAGAGAGUCUUCCCCUCCACUUCGUCUGCCUCCUUUCCCAGGGGGGAAUACAUAGACAGCUGCCGCAACAGGCCGGGAAGCCCCUCCCCCAGGAAGCCCGUCUGGCCUCCAAAGACCACCAAACCGUCACCAUCACUGCCCCCUAAACCCAACCAGCAGGACUAUGAUGAAGAAGACUACGUCAACCCAGAAAGUGACGAUGAAGACAACUAUAUAAACCCCACAGAGGAAUCACCUGCUAACCGUCUGAUGCAUGGAAGAGGCAAACCAAUAACGAGCAGUCCUUCAAUGUCCAAGACUGUGCCAGAGCGCUCAAAUAGCCCAGAUGUGUAUGAAGUCCCUGACAUGGAGGAAAACUCUCCUCCCACAGUGAGCAGACCUUCCCCACUCCUCAGAGUCCCUAGACAGAGUUUGCCCCCUAGAGCCAGCCCAAGAAUGCACAUGAAGAGUUGUCAUCCAAUCCCAGUCCAGGAGCCCAUAGAUGAUGCUGAAUAUGAAGCCUGCAAUCCAGAAUUAACUGGCAGUUCAGCGUCUGGGCAAAAGCCCCUGCCUGCACUUCCCAAACCAAUGCCCAGAGAGACGAAGCCAUUGAAGCCAUAUUUUAGACCGAGGCCAGAUAUUGCAUCCGGGGGAAAUGAAGGCACAGCACUGGCCACGAGGCACAUUAACCAGAAACUCACGGCCACACCCCAGCCCUCUGAAUACAAGUGUGCCAAGAUUCCUCUGCCACAGUUGUUUACAUCUCACAAACCUGAUAGAGGAACUGUACCCACAGAUGAAAAAAGGUUAACAGAUGCUGAAGAGGGGACAGAUGUCUUGAAGAAACCCUGGUAUGCCAGCACCUGUGACCGUAAGACAGCUGAGGAUGCCUUGGUUCGCUCAAAUAAGGAUGGAUCCUUCCUCAUAAGGAAGAGCUCUGGUCAGGACACACAGCAGCCAUACACUUUAGUGGUGUUUUACAACAGUAGAGUCUACAACAUCCCAGUGCGCUACAUCCAAGCAUCGCAGCGAUACGCACUCGGGAGGGAGAAGAAAGGAGAGGAGCGUUUCACCAGUGUUUCCCACAUCAUUGAGAACCAUCAGAGGAACCCCUUGGUACUGAUUGACAGCCAGAGUAACUCCAAGGACUCUACCAAACUGUGCUAUGCUGUGAAUCCUUAGGCCUCACUAGAUCCUAACUAGUCCUAUGGAUCAUCAGGGAUUUAAGGUUCGGACUUGGGAGUCACAUUCCAAAUCAGUGCGUCUAGUGUAAGACCUGUGUGCAAGUCAUCAGGCAAUUUGAUGCUGCUCUCAGUUUGAAAUUACUGACCAUCUGUUCAGGGUUUGUGACAAACAGUUGGAUUAGUCUAGUCACAUUCACCCAGUCAUGGCUAUCCAAGCAAGACCAGAAUGAAAUUGACUUACUGUAAUGUGCUAGUCUCUCUAGACAGACGGGUUGCUUUUGGCAAUGUACCAAUGCUCCAGCUUAACACGUCUGUACGUCAUAUAACGUCAGAUGGACAUAGAAGAACUACAUCACUGCCUUCUCUCCCUGCCAACAUCCCCCGGCCACAAAAUAGAAGCUAUCAAGAUGAAGAUCACAGAGGUUAUUUUUAAUGAGUGCAUUUGGUAAUUGGCUAGAUUGCAUCAACUACCUUCACUAAAACCACUGCAAAGGUUUUGCCUGCAAACUUUGAAUCGUGGUUUGAUGGGAGAGGUGCCUGUCUGAAGAGGACCCUCCUGGAACAAUUUUUUUCCCUCUUUUCGAAAUGUACUAAGUCAGUCCGUCAUGAUUACCGGACCCUAGUCAAUGCUGUUGCCUAGGGUCAUGUUUCCGGGACUGGUACUGUGCCAAUUAAGUAAAAUAGUUCAUGUGUGUACAUUUUCAAACGUGUGUUUGCAUUCUAUGGGGUCUUUUCUACCAACCAAACAUAGCCCCUUAAAUAGUGGCAUUAUGUAUUCUUAAAGAAUAAAAUAUUGUAGAAAUAUUAUAAAUAGAAAGUAACUACAGUAUGUGUGAAUGGUGUAUGAUGCUGGAAAGCAACACCAAUAGAUAAAAAAAAUAUCUGCAGCA